GCCACUGUCUGCAGAGCCGUUCAGAGCAGGUUCAGAGCAUAGAUAUAAGAAAGGCUUGUUUUUAUGAGAGACACGGCAUUGGCUGCUUCCAACGUAGCUGCUGUUUUGUUUUGUAGUAUUUAAACGCUGUUACUGGAUCAUUUUCUGAGCUCUUGGUGUCCCGUGCUGCGCCACUCCCUCCAGUGCUGGAUUCUGACAUCAGAGAGGGCUAAAAAUGGUAAGAAAAACAACAACUCAUAGCGAUACCGACAAGGACACACCUCAUCCUCCUGCACCACCUCCUCCUCCUCCUCCUCCCAAUGAUGGAAACCCGGUUGGUAAAAUCAGUCCUCCACCAGUCCCUUCACACGCUGCAAUACCAAUACCGCCUCCUAAAGUCAGCCCUCCAGUCCAAGAUACAAAUCCCCCACCAGAGGCUCAACAUGAUGCAGAACCUGCACCAGCUCCACCACAGACCCCAGCUGAAGAUGAACCCCAGUCUCCUCCAUCACAAGGACCAGAAGAGGAGUAGUGCAGAGUAAUCCCUUCCAGGACAGGAAACACUGCAGGUACACAGCAGAUCAUCUUUUUCCAUAUCACAUUGCAGACAAGAAUAACUGUUCAUUUUGCUUACUGUUUCAAGAUGAUGGAGCAGCAAGAUGAAGUACUGACUCAGCUGGAGGAUGAAGAGAACCAAUAUUGAUCCGAAGCUCUAUAGCAACCUUAAAAAGUUAGUGCAUUGCCCUUAUGUUCAGGCCAAAGAUAUUCAAAUGUUAUUUUCAGCCUUCAAUCAUCAACG